AUGUGUGUCACUUGUGGAGCUCUGGUAGCCGCUGGAGAUACCACUAUAUCCAGAGCCGGACUGCGAGUUACUGAUGUCCUGGAUGUUUGUGGUGAUGUCCUGUUGGCAGCGCUGAAGACGAUUUUGGUCGCAGUUGUAUUGACUGUACGACUGGCCAUUGCCCUGGCGCUAACCAAUGGCCAGUCGUACAGUCAAUACAACUGCGACCAAAAUCCCCUGGCGCUAACCAAUGGCCAGUCGUACAGUCAAUACAACUGCGACCAAAAUCGUCUUCAGCGCUGCCAACAGGACAUCACCACAAACAUCCAGGACAUCAGUAACUCGCAGUCGGGCUCUGGAUAUAGUGGUAUCUCCAGCGGCUACCAGAGCUCCAGUAGCGACACACAUGCGAGAUGCAGUGCCAUUCGCCAGAAUCUGGACUGUCUGAUAAUGUAUACGCCCGCCUGUAUGAACAACACGAGGACCUCCUAUUCGGGUACAUCGAAUAGCUAUGGGACAGUCGGGAAUAGCUAUGACAACCGCAAUAAUGCCGGAGAUUUCAUACGUCGGGCCAAACAGACGUUAGAGAGAUAUUGCGAACAGGGAGGGGGAGGCUGGAAGUCUGCCUCGUGUUACAUGAGACAAGACAUCAGGGACUGUGAGAGUCGAUACAGUUUCCAAUCCAAUCCGCCCCCAGUUUCCAGCUCUUCGUGUCGUAAUUACCAAGACUUCAGGGAUUGUGUCAUUCGUAUAGUCCGUCAGUCGUGUUAUUCGCAAGACUUGCAAAUAAUGGCCACAUAUUUGGUGGACAAGGGGUCAGACCUGAGCUGGUCUUGUGUGGUGAACGGGGAUACAUAUGGCGGGUCC